UUGGAAGUUGUUCAAGUCAGCGAGCAGUCAGGAAAUGUGUCAACAAACUUUACUUAUUGCAGAAAGUCAGUGUGGCCAAAAACAUAAGCAAUGUCUGAGAAAUCACAGGGGACUUUAAUGAAAUGUAACCCGUCUCUUCCCACCAACAAGGACAAUGACAGCGGCAGGCUGCGUCUUCCUGCUGACUGCACUGCUGUCUCUGAAGACCACUGUGGCACAUAGCCACAGUGUGGACAAAGACACCUACCAUGUGAGUGCUGGCCACCUCUUUCUGUUGAGGUGCCCCACUGCUGAUCCAACGUGGAGCCGACGGGGGGGCCACAACAAGAGCCUGCCCACUGGAGUGGAAGUCAUCCAUGGGUUACUGUGGUUUCUACCUGUGCAGAUGUCUCAUAAUGGAUCCUAUACUUGUGAGAAAAGGGGCAAGAAUGGAUUAUCGAGCAUUUCUUUUGGGGUGUCAGUGUCCGGUGGAAAGUGUCCUGAUCAACCUGAAACCAUUUCCAUCGUCAAGGGAAGCAAUGGAGGUGUUCCUUGCAAACAGGCAGAGAUUUUCAAACUGAAUAAAACAAGGAACAUACAGUGGAUGAAGGACUGCCAACCGGUGGAGCGGCCCAUCUCUGUGGAUGACGACGGCUUCAUGAGACUGCAGUCUGCAGCCUCAGAGAGGGAUGCUGGGACUUACACCUGCCUGGUAGAGUUGAGUUUGGACGGCAGAAAGUACACCGCUGCACGCAGCAUCCAGGUGACGAUUAAAAUGAUCAAAGUAGCAAUUAGUUCAAUGCCUAAGGUGGUAUUGCCUCAACAGGAAGUGGUCAUCGUUAAAGAGGGUACGAGAGUGGAGCUGAAAUGUUCCGCCUACAUCGGCUUAAGUGAGGAAAAAGACACUUUCAUCUUUUGGACUGUUAACGGCACAGAAACCGACGACCUCGAGGAAUUUGACGAGUUCACGCAUUAUGAUUCCGACGACAAAGGCCAGGUGUUCGGUCACUCCACUCUGACCAUCUCUAAAGUGUCUCGUCGGUUCAUGAAUGUCCCCAUUUCUUGCCAUAUAUGGAACUCAGCUGGAUGCAAAGUCCAGCUGAGCUGGCUUAAAGAAGCCGACCACAGUGCCUUUUACACCAGCCUGGCUCUCUGCCUCUCUGCCUCCCUGGCUGCUCUGUCUGCGGUGACUGCCUUCCUCUUCUUCAAAGUAGAUCUGGUGUUGGCUCACAGGAAACUGUGGAGACAUUUUUCCAAACAACAAGUUUCAGAUGGGAAGCUCUACGACGCCUAUGUGAGCUUCCUCCACCCAGACACCCUGACUUCAGAUGAGAUGGAGAACUUCGCCCUGCAGAUCCUUCCAGAGGAGCUGGAGAAGCAUCGCUACUCCCUGUACAUCAGAGGGCGGGACGACUGCCCUGGAGAAGCGGUGCAUGAUGUUAUUGCUGCCACAGUGCGGCAAAGUCGCAGACUGAUAAUGAUUCUGUCACCUGAGAUAAAAUUCUCCACUGGUUGCAAAACAGAGGAAGCGCCCUUACGUGACAACCAAAACCAGCUGUGCUACGAGCACAAAAUUGGCCUCCACGACGCUUUAACCCACAAUGAGCCGCGAGUGAUUCUGGUUGAAAUCGACGGUCCAGUGGAUUACAGAUGCCUGCCAGAGUCUCUGCGCUUUAUCAAAAGGAAACAAGGAGCUCUGAAGUGGAGGAAACCCUCCCCUGGAAGCCACAAACUCACCAAGUUGCACUCAAACAGAAACUUCUGGAAGAAUCUGAGGUACCACAUGCCCUCAGUGCCUGCAGGGAAACUCCAGACCAUAAUUUAAACCAAGUGAAAGAUGUGAUUCAACAUGGACGGUGCGACGGUACAUCAGGACCUUCAGGCUUGUUUCCAUAACCAGUUUGACCUCCUUUUUGUUUUGAAUCUACUGUAUGUAAUGUAAUAUCUGACAGCUCUGAAGGUUUAUUGAGUCUUAAUGUGCGGGACUGCUAUGUUCACACCUCGUCUCCACAGGAGGAUAUUUAUGUUUAUAUUUAUUAUACCUUGACACUGAUAUGAACCUGUAUAAAUAUUAUUACUGUGUUAUGCUCAAAUAGGGAAACUAGGCAAUUUCCAAUGUUAUUUUAUACUAUUUUAAUUCUGCUAUUUUUAUACUAUUUGUAAUGCUACUUCACACUCAUUUACAUCAAC